AUAAUGCGUCAAAGAAACACGUAUAAACAUAAAUUCUUUAUUUACAACUUUGAACUUAGUUAGUCUAGUCUGGAUCCACUAUACUCUAGUGUCUCUAGAAUAUAGACUAGAUCUAGAUCUAGAGUCUAGUCGUGUCUGUUUUAUAUGUGUCCACAAAACCAGUUUGUUUCUGUUCUCAAGUAAUUAUCGUGAUUUGUCAAUUUGGCCUCAGAUUAGUUGAACCAUACAACUUUUAUUUUCCUCAUUUGGACCUACUUCAUCUCAAGUGAUUUGCCAGGAAAAUGACUGUUAUGUGGGUGUUGCUCAUUGCUGCAGCCAUGUUGCAGGUAUCAUAUUCAAUCCCCAUUAUUCCGAAAGCUCAGGCAGUUGAAAAUGAGCAGCCAACCAAUCAAAAUCAUGACGUUGAUAAUGUUGAGGUUCAUCACGAUGUCAAAGCUGGCCAGGGCCAGGAGCUGAUUGAUGAUGCUCUGCCUGAAAAAGAUGAUAAAAAGGAUGCAAAUGCUGUUGGAGGCGGUGAGGGCAAGCAGCCACUUGUUGAAAACAAUGCGGACAAAGUUUUGGAAACUAAACUACAUAUUAAAGUUCAGCCUCCCAAACCCAAAGACCAACCAGAGCCAGCAGUCGCAGAAUCUCAAGUGCUUCAUGUGAAACCUGAGGAGAGGGAUGAGAAUGUUGUGCUCAGUGAGGAGACAGUGAAAAAAUUAAAGAAGUUAUCCAUAGACAAGCUUAUUCCAGCCGAUCAUUUGGACAUUGUGAAGAUGGAGAGAGAUGGUCACGUCAACAGAGAUUACCACAAGGAGAUGUUCCUCGGUGGGCUGCAUGAUGAGUUCAAGGCCGAGGCCGUAGAUCAAGCUACUGUUCGACUGCAGGAAAUCGUAGCCAGAGCUGACUUGGAUGGAGAUGGUUUCUUGUCUUCCAGUGAGAUGGAGAAGUGGAUUCUAGCAAAGAUGAAUGAGCAUUUUGAAGCUGCCAAAAAGGAAAAUGACAUGAUCUUUGAACAUUUAGAUCCUGAUGGUGACGGCUUUAUCAAGUGGAAGGAGUACUAUGUUCACUUUCUCCUGUCUCGAGGCUUUGAUGCUGAGAGUGCGGUCAAGCAUGUGGCAGACUAUGAUGAUGUAGUCAAGUUGGAACAAGAAGAUAAGAAUGCACUGAUUUCCUACAAGUUUAAGUGGACAGACGCAGACACUAACAUCACAGACAACAGGCUGAGCAAGGAAGAGUUCAUGGUGUUCCGCCACCCAGAGCACAGUCAAAAGUCUCUGGAGACUGUGGUUUCCAACGUCAUGAGGGGUGUAGAUGCCAAUGAUGAUAAAGUCAUAACCGAGGAGGAGUUUGCAGCUCUUCCACCUGGGGAAGUAGAAAGUAAAGAAUUUGAGGAGAUGGACAGAAAGUGGCAGGAAGAGAGAAGAAAGGAAUUCAGGGAAAUUAUGGAUACCAAUGGUGAUGGGAAAGUUGGAUUGACUGAGUUGAAGAACUACCUUGACCCCACUAACCCUGUUCAGGCCAAGGUGGAAGCAGACAGCCUCAUCUCCUUGAUGGACGAUAACAAGGAUUCUCUGCUGUCCAUGGAGGAAAUCUUGAAGCACUCUGACAUCUUCAUCUCCAGCAAGCUGGUCAACUUUGCUGCCAACAUGCAUGACGAGUUUUGAAGCUGAAACCUGCGCAGUACACAGUUUGCCUCUACCUCCUAACCAUUCACAUUGUGACGUUCUGUAUCAUAAGGAUAUCAUUCGUGGGUAACAAUUGCUAGUUAAGUUUUAGUCUCAAAAAUCGUUAGCAACAAAGAGAGGCUACAAUGGUAGUUACCUACAUUUUAUAAUGCAAUAUUGAUUAACUUUUCUGGCAUUAUAUAGCUUUCUUACAAGUAUUUCUGUACAUUAUAUAAACCUUCCCCCCACAAAGAGCAAUCUAUACUUUUUCAACUGAGAACACACCUUUAAAUGAACACCUUUACAAAAUAAAUCCUACACGCCUACCUCUUUGUAGACACUAUGCCCAUUCUUAUGAAAAUAAUCCAUAUCAACUUUGCAUGCCCCAUUUAAAUCCAUCUUAGUAUCAUUAUAGCCCAACAUAACCAGCAUUCUGUAUGGCGUUGCUGAGUAUCUGAAAAAAAAAACAGAACAAUAUUUUUUCCUUUAAAAGAGCUUACAGCUCAGCAGAUGAAAAGCUGUCUAGAAGAAAAAGAAUCAACUUCUGAUAUGAUUAGAUUCUCCAUUGGCAUGAGCACAUACUGAAUACAGUGAUUUCCUGACAGCCUACUAAAUAGUCUUAACUUAUUGAGCUCUGGUGCUGUGGCUUUGUUUGGACAUUUUCUAUCCUAUUGUUAUGUUGUUCAUGUUUAGAGAAAAAAAAAAAGAAAAAAAAAAUCUGCAACAAUACAUUAUAUAUUGAUAAGUCUAAAAUUCGGUUGACAUUGUCAAGAAUGAUCAUGUCAACAUAUUAAGAGAGUUUCAAUGUUUUGUUCAGAAAAUGUCUAUCUCUGCAUAGCCCUGUCAUUUGUGAUCUCCACUGUUAUCAUUGUUGUUGUUAACAUUUGACCUGAUUCUGUACACAUGUGUACAACUAUACGGUGUUUCAUAUUCCUUCACUACUUAGUAUUGACUGUUUUAAUACAUCUUGCUAUGUUGUCAUUUUUUAAUUUAUUCUUUCAGUGUAAUUGUCAUUUUUUUUAUUUAAGAGAUAAGUGGGCUGGAUUUUGUUGGGGAAGGGGUGAAUAUUAACUGUCAUAAUUUAAUUUAAACAAUCAGGUAAAGAAUAUCGUUGUAAAAUGGGGAAAACAUUUUAACUGAUUCUUGAACCAAAUUAAUUUUGCCAUAUACAAAUUUUGUAAAAAAAAGUACACACCUCUGUCUUUAUUACACUUUGACUACUUACAAUUGUAGACUCAUUUGGCCAGAGAUCAUGUAUAAACUGCUGAGUUGUGAUUGUGAAGUUGGUUGUUAACAGUUUUGAAACCAACUCUUAACUUGCUUUGUAUGUGUGCUGUUGACAGAAAGAGAAGUUUGUUUACAUUUUUAAACUCAAUGUGCCAUGUUAUUCCCGAGAGACAAAUUUUUCUAUGCAAGUGUUUUACUCAUACAAGUUUUCAUGCUUAGCUUUUAUUCAUUUGUUGAUUUGUUUUGUUUUUGUUUUUUUUGUUUCUUUUAAAUUUCAUUUGUAAUUUUUGAACAUUUAUUUGUUAAAGUGAUUUUAUUCUUUUUUUUUGUACUUUUCACACAACAAAAAUUUGUGCUAUUGUUAAAACAUUACUAAACCCUUCUGUCUAUUUGACAAUCUCUAAAUAUUCUUCACUGUCCUUUGACUCACAAAUAGAUCACCUCUGGCGAAUCAGACAGUAUUUGUCAGAAGGAAACAAAACCUGGCUGUGGUUUACAUACUUUCUUGCCAUCACUUAACUAAUGUUGUGUAAUCUGCAGCUGAUUUCAAGUAUUACUUAUUGUUGAUUGACUCCCUGUGAGUGCAAAGAUAAGAAAUAGUAGGAAUUACUAUAGUUAGUCCAUCGCGGUUCGAUGAUGGCCACUUUUGUCAUCCAGGGGGCUGAGGGCUUUGCACUGUUUUUUUUGCCUCCUCGUAUGGCUGGUGAGCCCGGAAUGUUCGGCUGCACACUGGGCAGGUUAUUCCAGCUUUAGCUAGUGUCAUUGGCCUUGCUUUUUUUCUCUGAGGCCUUUCUUCUACCAGGGCUGUUAUCCUCAGCAGUUUGUGCGCCACUUUUCACAGCAUGACGCCAUGAUGCUCUGUCAGGUGCUUCUGUCUCUCAGGUGGCUGGGUCAAUGCUGAACGCAUUUGAGAGUUUUGAAGGUGUCCCUUAGGCGUUUUCUUUGUCCACCUUGUGAGCACUUUCCUUCCCUAAAUUGGCCAUACAGGAGUCAUUAAGUGGUCUUCCAUUCUGCAGAUGUCUCCUGCCCAUCGCAGCUGGGACUGCAUCAGAAUUGUGUUGAUGCUUUGCAGGCCCACUCUUCAAAGGACUUCAGUAUCUGGUAUUUUUUUCUUGCCAUUUAAUAUUCAGUACUUUUCUUAGGUCAUUUGGAAGCGGUUCAUUUUUUGUGUGCAUGUUUUCUGUACACUGUCUACGUUUCUGAGGCAUCUAGCAAUGUAGGGAGGAUGACUGUUCGAUAGUAAGAAUUACUAAUAAAUACAUAAAUAGAGUACUUUAUGGAAUCAAUGACAUGGUGUUCCACAAAGACUUCUGUGCACUUUGACCUCAUUUCUUAUUUCCCAUUCAUCUUUAACAUGCUACUGUACUGACUUGAACUUCCUCUCAGUGCAAACAAAUGACAUGCCUCAAAAUGUCCCUGAAUUAUUGAACUUUAUUAGGUAAUCAUUACUAUAACAUCGUAAUGUGCAUAAUGUUAGUGUCUUUGUUAUGUCCAUUUUGUUUGUAACAGCCUUAAGCUUACAGUAUGUUAACAGCACAGUAUAAAUACAAUCAUCAUUAUUUAUUAUCAUUUUCUCCCUUAAAAUAAUUAAUGGCAGUGUGUUAAAUAGUCUUUUUAGUGUAUAACUGUACAAAUGAUUAGUGAAAUUUCAAAUGAGUAUAAAACUAACUUUUAGGGUGUUGUUUUUUUUUGCAUGGUUGAUUCUUGAAAGUGAGCAAGGCAGGAGAUUCAUUUCCUGUUGAAACACUGUUUCCCAAGAAUCUUAUGCUAGACAAAAAUAUGCUAUCUAAAAAAAUGUAUUAUAGAAAAUGAUGCAUACCAAAAACCCUUACCAACAGAUUUUACCAUUUUAUUAUUGCUAUUUUAACUAUUAUUAAAUUUGUUGAAUAAUCAGAAUGUAAUUUUAACAAAAUGUAAUGAACAUUGUAUUUCUAUGUUAUGUACGUUAUGAUAUUAUAAUGCAACUGACCUGUUACACUAAUAUAUUCACAACCUUGCUUUGGUUAGGAUUUACACAUUUUUAAAAUUAGAUGUGGAACACCAAUAUUAACAAUCAAAAUAUAAAAAAAAAUUAUGUAAAAAAAAAACAAAAAAAAAACAAAGCUCAUCUAAGGGUCAGAACAAUGCUCUUGCAACUAUAUCUCUCAAUAAUGUAGAAUUUAUUUCCCUUAUUCAAUAUCAUGCAAAUUAGUUAAUUACCAAUAACUAAAUGAUUAAUUGGUUAACUUUUUAAUUGGUUCAUGUUUUGUUGGGUACAAUAAAUGGUUUAAAGUUUUUGUUUCAUCAACAAAACUCUACAUAUUUAGCCACAUUUGUAAAUACUGAAUUAUUAAUUUCCCUGUUGGUAUGAAAAAAAAAAUUAAUUAUCAGUAAUUAGUUGACUAUUUAGUAAAUUUUUUUAAUUUAUUCAUGUCUUGUCUAUGCAAUAAUUGUGCACAGUUUUGACUUGAUCACAGAUUGGGUGUGGUAGAAAUAACGUGUACAAACUUUUUACCAGACAGACAGGCAGAGUGAGUUGAUAUAAGCUUUGUAAAAAAAAUAGAUUUGAGUAAACGGACAGCAUUUUUCUCUGAACUUUUUCUAGACCUGAACUAAACUACUUAGCCGCAGAGAACAAACACUUUAUCUAGGUGUAGAUUAUCACUUCAUUUUUAUUUUUUUUUGUUCUGCUCACAAAGUAUGAUUAGGUCUUAUAACAAAAGGUAAUUGUCAGCAAAAUGUCUUUGUAAUAUUGUAGCCUGUUUACUAAUGACUCUUGUUCCAGUGAGCCUUUGAGAACAUUUCUUUUCAAAAACUCUAUUGUGCUUACAUUGUAUUUGUGGUUCAUAAAUGUAUUCAUCACUAUGUGAUAUUUUAUGGAUGUACCUUUUUUGUUAUUUUUUUUUUUUAAACUUGAAUUCUUUCUAUAUCCUUGAACUACUUUGUUUUGAUCAUAAUUUAUUGUCUCUUUCACUUGUUAAUUUAUUUGUACUGGUAACUUAUUUGUUUAUUUUAUGGCUUGAUAAUUAAUCCUGUUAGCCUCAAAAAUAGCAAAACUUAAAACCAAGGCAGUAAGAUCAAGGACUUGCCAGUAUUUUAUCACAUAUGAGGUGAACUUGUUUCUCCCAGUAUAGAAAAAAUUAUCAUCUGAUCUGAUACUUCUAGUGCUUUUAAGGAAUGCCUUUGUUUUGCUAUCGUCAUUAAAAUGUAAAAAUAAAUUAUUUUGGUCUGCACUUUUCUCUAAUAAGUCACAAGUCCAGAUGUAGAACAGGAACCCUGCCAAAUAAUGUCUAAGAACAUCAUUGCCAAGUAAUGUCUAAGAACAUCAUUAUUUGUUGUGUAUUCAUGCCAUACAAUGAGCUCAACCCCAUUUAAAAACAUGUUUUUUUUUGCAUUGAAGUUUUUCAACACAUUUUUCAGGAUAUUUUUUUCAAAGCUUCUAAAUUCAACUGACUUUGAUAUAAUAGAAACCAUCAGUGACUUUCGAGUAUUCAAGAAUUUCUUUAAAGAAAUAAAUAAUACUUUUUUUUUUGUUAAUAUUGUUUUACUUUGAUUUUAAAUUGUAAAAAUAAAAUUUACAAUCUUAUUGUCAUCACAUCCUUACUACAAAUGACAUUUUAUAAUGGAUCUAUGAUGGCUGGGCAGGAACUUAUUAUUUAUCCAGUGUGCUGGAAGUUAACAAUAAAAAUUUUAACAAAUUAAUUAUAGAUAAGGAAGUGAGUCUCAAUGAGUAGGUUAUUAGUAAACUUAGAACACUAUGUGUGUAAAUUAUACUGGUACCUAAAGGCUAAUUGCAGCUUGUAAUAUUAAAAAGUUAUAUAAUAUCUUAGUAACUUAUUUCAUGUGUGACACCUACAAACCAAACAAGAUGCAUUUUGUUGGGAUAAUAAAUGUUUUUGAAUGUUUAAACAAAUUUGGUGAACUUAACACUUGAGGGAAUUUUUUUUUUAAAGCAAUAUUGUGGACUAAUUCUCUUCUAUGCAACUUAAUACACAGACUAAUAUAACAUUGUGUAUUUCAAUACAUGGACUAGUAUAACAUUGUGUAUUUUUUGUUCUAAAUUUUUUUCUUAUCUUAUAAUGUACUAUGAUUUUUUUUUCUGAACUUUCUCUCUCUCUGUGUGUAUAUACAUAUUUUAUAUUGGGAUUAAUUCUUGUUACUAUUAUUCUUGUACUUUAUUUGCAUGAGUAUGUCCAGUCCUGUUGGUGUGUGCAAAGUUUCAGCAGGUUACUAGGUCACAAGAAAUAACAUAUUUACUACUGCCUAUUACUUGAGGACAUUUGGACUAUGGUUACUCAUUUUGAAUUACAUGCCCUCUAAUUGUUCUGUUUACCAGUUUCUUCUGGGUUCCCCCUUUUUCUUUGUAUUCUUUAUUUUAACACUCCCCCCCCUAGAAUCUCAUCCUGUUAAGUACUCAAUUUUCUUUUUGCCGCAAAGUCUUGAGCUCAUACGAUUCAACUCUCAACACUUUCACACUUAGUCACAUUUACAUAGACUGAACGUUUAAAUAGACUUACAAAAAUAUCACCAAAAAUCUGGUGACUAAAGUCUGGUUGAAGUGCUACAAUUGUUUUGUUGUUCAGUUUCCUCUGGGUUUGUUUUUUUUAAUCACAUAAUACCUAAAGAGUAGAUACAUUGUUUUGUUAGGCUUUAGACUACAGGAAGUAGGAACUGACACUUUUUACAAAUGUCCCUUUGAAAACAAUGAACUCAUGGAUGUAUGCUUGAAAUGUUGAAUCUGCCAGUAUUUAGUUUUUCAGAAUCUAAAUUUUUCAAAUUCUGAGUUCUACAAUAUUAACUAAAUAUUUGCUGACUAAAAAAAAAUUCCGGUAUUUUUGAUAAAUGUAAGUUAGUGAUGGAGUUUAUUAGUCAUAGUUAUGUAACCAUUAUCCUUUGCUACAAUACUUGACUACUGGUACUUACAUAUCAAGAAUGGAGAUUGAAAAAUGACAAUAAGAUUACCAAUGUUAUCGUCCUGCCAGACAAUAAAAAUCCAGGCCUUUAAUAUGUGCAUAUGUAUUGCUUGUUUACAACUGGUCAACUACUUUUCAUAUCAAUGUAUGCUUAGUGGAAAUGCUAAAUAUAAAUUCCUUUAAGGGUUAAACUUUUGUUCUUACAAUAAUAUACUUGUACCUGAUAUACUUGAGUGUAUAUUUUGUUAUUAAUAAAUUGAUAGAGAAACA